UGUUCCACCUCUCACUUCCUGAAGUGAACACUGCCCAAAUAUGUGGCACAAACAGAGAAUAACUUGUUGUUUGACACACCGGACCAGGAAAUAUUAUCCUACUGCCAAGAAUAUUUGCUGGUGUGAAGCAUGUUCCUGUGGCAAUAUCUGCUCACGCUGCUCCUACUGAUAACUGUUCAAAUAUGCAAAGCUCAGAGAUGUGAAGAAUUUACACAUCUGAAUUUCCGUCACGCAUUUAUCGGAACCAACCUCAAAGUCCGGUUGCUGCUGUCCACCAGGGAAAAUGUCACCUGUGCUGCACUUGUGUCCCACGCCAACUUCUCCUCACAUCCCCAGUUCAACCUGUCCAGAACAACCGCCUUCAUCAUUCACGGGUACCGGCCCACGGGGUCUCCACCGGCGUGGGCACAGAAGUUCUCAGACAUGCUUCUGGCCAGGGAAGACAUGAAUGUCAUAGUGGUGGACUGGAACCACGGAGCUGCUAAUGUCAAUUAUUUCAAGGCAGUGGAGAACACAUACAAGGCAGCUGACAACCUCACUGCUUUUAUUAAAAUUAUGCAGGAAAAUGGCGCCUCUCUGAAUUCCAUCUACUUGAUCGGAGUCAGUCUUGGUGCUCAUAUCGCAGGCUUCGUAGGUGCUAACCUGAAUGGGUCUAUUGGAAGAAUUACAGGUCUGGAUGCAGCCGGGCCUCAGUUCAUCGGCAAUCCUCCAGAGAAACGACUGGACCCCACGGACGCACAAUUUGUAGAUGUCCUGCACACAGAUAUAGAUGGCCUGGGCUUCAGGGAACCUCUGGGUCACAUUGACUUCUACGCUAACGGGGGAUCAGAUCAACCCGGCUGCCCAAAGACCAUAUUCUCUGGAUCGUCCUAUUUUAAAUGCGACCACCAGAGAUCAGUGAUGCUCUUCCUUGAUUCUUUGGAUCGGACGUGUACCAGCCGGGUCUUCCCCUGCUCCUCCAACAAAGACUUUCUGAAUGGAAACUGCUUGAACUGUGAGGGCUUUGGUGCUGAAGGAUGUCCUGUCUUCGGUUAUGAUGUCACAAAGUGGAGAGAUGUCCUGCUGAAGCUGGGCCAAACUAAAACUUACUUCAACACAAAUAAAGUAUCUCCGUACUGCACAACAAGCUACACGGUGGAAGUGAUGAUUUGGAACCAGGACGUCCACUGGGGAUACAUCACUGUUAAACUCCAUGGUAACGGUAAAGAAACGGUGGCAACCAUUAACCACAGAGCAUCCCAGUUCCAGAAGUUCACAGAGACCAAGUUGUUUGCCCAGUUUGACAAAGACCUUCAGUCAGUGAAGAAAAUAUCUCUCAAAUUCUCCACUGGGAACUUGUUGAAGCCCAAUUAUAAGCUCCGGGUUCUCCGAAUCCGUCUCACACACCUGGAACGCAAGGAGAGUCUCUGUCGAUAUGAUGUUAUUCUCGAGGAAAACAAAGAGGUCAACUUCAGGCCAAUUCCAUGUGAAGACUCCAACUUCUGAGACCACCUUGUAAAUAAAUAUCAAACUAAGCUCGUACUGGAAGCGAUUCAGCCGACUCAUCAGUCUCUCCAGGAUUGUAAGGAAAACAAAAGAGCUGACAUAGAUAGUACUCACCUGGCUGUGAUGUGAUCAUUUGUGAUCUUAAACACAUUUUUGAUAUUAUGUGUUUUUAAGAGAUAAUGUAUGUUUUUUUUACACUUUCCCCAAUAGGGAAUUAUUUGCAUCACACUGUGAGAAUGAGAUUUUUUUUAUGUAUUUGAAAUUGAAGGAAUCUCAUAAUGAUGACAGCUUUAUAUAUACCAUGUCAAUAUUGGACUUUGUGAAACGAAAUCUAGGUUGGUUUUAAAGAUAGUUUUUAUUUGUUCUUGGUUCUUCUUGGUUUCAAGUGUGUUGUUUGAUCACAUAAGUUAUGACAUUUAUUUUUAGAAAGACAGUGAGACAGACCAAUAUUAGUACUUUAUACGAUCACACAUUUCUAAGUAACUAAGUAUUAACAAUAAUUGUCAUAAAACAAAACCAUGGUUUCGUGAUUUUCUUACCAUAAAAAGUACUGGGCUACUUUUCCAGAUUAUGUAUUCAUUAAUCAAAUGUGUAUUUUUUU